AUGACUACUUUUCAACAGCAAAGAGACCUUCAAAAACUUCCUAUUCCCUCAUUAGAGGAGUCUGUGAGCAGAUAUAUCGAGGUUCUAUAUCCUCUUCAGACCGAUGCUGAACAUAAAAAGACUGUCGAAGCAUGCGCUCAUUUCAUGAAGACCUCCGGUCCUGUUCUUCAGCAGCAAUUGAUCGAGUACAGCAAAAACAGACCCUCCUAUAUAGAGCAGUUCUGGUACGACUCAUAUCUCAACUUCGAUAACCCCGUUGUCCUCAACAUAAACCCGUUUAUUAUGAUCGAAGAUGACCCCACUCCUUUGAAAUCCACUCAGGUAUCAAGGGCUGCAAGCCUUACUUCGUCUGCUCUCCGUUUCAUACGGGCGCUUAGAAAAGAGGAGCUCUCACCUGAUCUGACUCGAAAUAAAAAGGCUUUGGAUAUGGAUCAGUAUCCUAAAUUGUUUGGUUCUGCCAGAAUCCCUACUCAGACCGGUUGUCUAUUGCAGACGGAUGCAAAAUCUAAGCAUAUUGUAGUGCUAAGCAGAUCUCAGUUCUACUGGUUCGACGUUCUUGAUGACGGCAAUGAGAUUUUACUCACUGAAAGCGACAUUAAGAUGAACUAUAAGAGCAUCAUCGAGGACUCCAAAUUGACUUCCACCUCGGACAUCGCCAGGUCCAGUUUCGGUAUUCUUACUACUGAAAACAGACGUAUCUGGGCCACUCUGCGGGCCAAACUCAACCAGGACGAGAUCAAUAGUAACAUCUUAUCCAUUAUCGACAGUGCUCUAUUUAUUACUGUUUUGGAUGAUAUUGAAAUAGGUGAAGAUUUGACGCGUACGGCCAAGAACUUCCUCUGCGGAGAGUCUAAAAUGCAAAACGGUAUACAGGUGGGUACCUGUACCAAUAGGUGGUAUGAUAAACUUCAGAUUAUUCUUACUAAAGAUGCAAAAUGCGGCAUAAACUUCGAACAUACAGGUGUUGAUGGCCAUACUGUGCUUCGAUUCGCCUCUGAUAUCUACACUGAUUCUAUUCUACGGUUUGCAAAAACCAUCAACAGCCAUUCUCCUUCAUUGUGGAAAUCCUAUUCUCCAGAUCCAAUGACAAGAAAUCUAGAAUCACUGAGACGCUUUAGCUUGACUCCAAGGAAGCUUGAGUGGAAUCUUACUAAGGAUAUGUCGUUGGCAUUACGGUUUGGAGAGACUCGGUUGAGUGAUUUGAUCCAUCAGAACGAAUUCGCCACUCUUGAGUACAAGAAGUUUGCUAAAGACCGUAUCAAGAAAAUGGGUAUGUCACCCGAUGCAUUUGUUCAGAUGGGAUUCCAGUUAGCUUAUUAUGCUCUUUAUGGAAAGAUUGAGUCCACUUACGAACCUGCAAUGACCAAGAUGUUCUAUCACGGAAGAACAGAGGCGAUUCGAACGGUUUCAGAGGAAUCCAAUAGGUUUGUGACGAGGUUUUUGGAUGAUCAUGUGACCGUUGAGGAGAAAUUGCAAUUACUUCGGGAAGCGUGCCAGAAGCACUCUUUGAGGACUAGAGAAUGUUCCAAGGGAUACGGCCAGGACAGACAUCUAUACGCAUUAUUUUGCAUUUGGAAGAGAUACUUCAGUACUGGUGGAGACAACAUAAGCAAGCAGGGAAAUGACUCUGACGAUGAUGCCAGCACGAUCAACUUUGGGGAUCUUCCGAGUACAGUGACAGAUAUUGGACAAUUACAACAGAUUCCACCGAUUUUUGCUGAUGGAGGCUGGGAUAAGUUAAAUAACACGAUCAUCUCGACUUCAAACUGUGGAAAUCCAUCAUUAAAGUUGUUUGGCUUUGGACCGGUUUCCUCCAACGGUUUUGGUGUUGGUUAUAUCAUAAAGGAUAACUGGAUGACAAUAUGUGCGUCCUCUAAACACAGACAAACACAGAGAUUGUUGGAUACUCUAAAUACGUCAUUUAAUGAGAUGGAAAGAACAUACAUUGAGGCUACCAGGCCCAAGAUCGAGGUUCCAAUUAAGGCCGAGGUGGAAGAAGAAGAGGAAGAAGAAGAAGAAGAGGAAGGGGAAGAGGAAGAGGAAGAGCAAGGAUUGUUUAGUGAGGACAUUCUCGAGAACAAGUUGAAACAGCUUCACCUUAAAGGAAACAAAUCGGAGAUUACCAAGUUAUUGGGAGGAUAUAAUUCAUUUGAGAUGGACUACAAGUCGGACUUGAUCAAAUCAAGAGAGCAAUCACCAGAACCACCAUUUUCCAGGCCCGGAAAGGGAUUGACAGCUGGAGAAAUAGAGAAGAAGCUGAGGUUGGCAGACAACGUGAUUUAUGACGACACGAUGGUCAGUAUGUUAAAGAAACAGUACGAGUUCCCCAUAGUUCAGGUGAAGAACCUACCGUAUAAUGUGAAACCUGAAGAGCUUUACGAGCUCUUUGGACAAUUUGGUAAUAUUGAUCAAGUGAGAAUUGGAGAUGAGACUGAGACCAAGGGACAGGCGUUUGUGGUGUACAAGAACUACAAAAACUGCCAGAUAGCUGCUGACAAGUUGAAGGGGUUCAACUUCAAUGGUAGGUACUUGGUGGUGAGUUUAUAUAACGUGGAUAAGAGUAAGGUUGAAGAGAUUGGAGCUAGUAAGUAG